CUACGGCCCGGCCAAUCAGAGCGGCUUUUACUGGCGGGUGGGCCGAGCCGGCCCAGCUGCUCGGAGGCUCUGGCAUGUCGGUUCCCGAUUCUGGUCCCCGGCCCCCAGCAGCGCCUGCCCCCUUCCCACCGGGGCCCCCCAUGAUGCCACCACCCUUCAUGCCCCCUCCAGGAAUCCCCCCACCCUUUCCUCCGAUGGGACUACCCCCCAUGAGUCAGAGACCACCAGCCAUCCCCCCGAUGCCACCUGGCAUCAUGCCCCCAAUGCUGCCACCAAUGGGGGCGCCACCGCCACUCACGCAGAUACCAGGAAUGGUACCGCCCAUGCUGCCAGGGAUGCUGAUGCCAGCGGUGCCUGUCACCGCAGCGACGGCUCCGGGUGCGGACACAGCCAGCUCUGCUGUGGCUGGGACAGGCCCUCCGAGGGCCCUGUGGAGUGAGCAUGUGGCCCCUGACGGGCGCGUCUACUACUACAAUGCAGACGACAAGCAGUCCGUGUGGGAGAAGCCCAGCGUGCUCAAGUCCAAGGCAGAGUUGCUGCUGUCCCAGUGUCCCUGGAAAGAGUACAAGUCCGACACAGGCAAACCUUACUACUAUAACAACCAGAGUAAGGAGUCUCGCUGGACCCGGCCCAAGGACCUGGAUGACCUGGAGGCUCUAGUCAAACAAGAGGCUGCAGGGAAGCAGCCCCAGCCCCAGAUACUGCAGCCGCAGCCACCUCAGCCCCAGCCUGAGCCCCCGCCCGGGCCGCCUGGCCCCACCCCCAUGCCCCUGGGCCUUCUAGAGCCUGAGCCAGGUGGGAGUGAAGAUUGUGAUACGUCAGAGGCUGCCCAGCCUGUGGAGCAGGGGUUUCUGCAGCAGCCGGAGGAGGGCCCCAGCAGUGCUGCUGGACAGCAUCAGCCACCACAGCAGGAGGAAGAGGAAUCAAAGCCAGAACCAGAGAGGUCUGGCCUCAGUUGGAGCAACCGGGAGAAGGCAAAGCAGGCCUUCAAGGAGCUGCUGAGGGACAAGGCUGUCCCCUCCAAUGCCUCGUGGGAACAGGCCAUGAAGAUGGUGGUCACCGACCCCCGUUACAGUGCCUUGCCCAAGCUGAGUGAGAAAAAGCAGGCAUUCAAUGCCUACAAGGCGCAGCGGGAGAAGGAGGAGAAGGAGGAGGCCCGGCUAAGGGCCAAGGAGGCCAAGCAGACCUUGCAGCAUUUCCUGGAGCAGCACGAACGCAUGACCUCUACCACCCGCUACCGGCGGGCCGAACAGACCUUUGGGGAGCUGGAGGUGUGGGCUGUGGUCCCUGAGAGGGAUCGAAAAGAGGUUUAUGAUGAUGUCCUCUUCUUCCUGGCCAAGAAGGAGAAGGAACAGGCCAAGCAGCUCCGGCGCCGCAACAUCCAGGCCCUGAAGAGUAUCCUGGAUGGGAUGAGUAGUGUCAACUUCCAAACUACAUGGUCCCAGGCUCAGCAGUACCUCAUGGAUAACCCCAGCUUUGCUCAGGACCACCAGCUGCAGAAUAUGGACAAGGAAGAUGCACUGAUCUGCUUCGAGGAGCAUAUCCGAGCUUUGGAGAGGGAGGAGGAGGAGGAGCGGGAGCGGGCCCGCCUUCGGGAGCGGCGUCAGCAACGCAAGAACCGGGAGGCCUUCCAGACCUUCCUGGACGAGCUGCACGAGACAGGGCAGCUGCACUCUAUGUCCACCUGGAUGGAGCUGUACCCAGCGGUCAGCACUGAUGUCCGCUUUGCCAACAUGCUGGGCCAGCCGGGCUCCACCCCUCUGGACUUGUUCAAGUUCUAUGUGGAGGAGUUGAAGGCACGAUUCCAUGAUGAGAAGAAGAUCAUUAAGGACAUCCUUAAGGACCGGGGCUUCUGCGUGGAGGUGAACACAGCCUUUGAGGACUUCGCCCACGUCAUAAGCUUUGACAAGAGGGCGGCUGCGCUGGACGCAGGCAACAUCAAGCUGACCUUCAAUAGUUUGCUGGAGAAAGCAGAGGCGCGGGAGCGAGAGCGGGAGAAGGAGGAGGCGCGAAGGAUGCGGCGCAGGGAAGCUGCCUUCCGAAGCAUGCUGAGGCAGGCCGUGCCUGCCCUGGAGCUGGGCACUGCCUGGGAAGAGGUCCGUGAGCGCUUUGUGUGCGACUCAGCCUUUGAGCAGAUCACCCUGGAGUCGGAGCGGAUCCGGCUCUUCCGGGAGUUCCUGCAGGUACUGGAGACUGAAUGCCAGCACCUCCACACCAAAGGCCGAAAACACGGCAGAAAGGGCAAGAAGCACCAUCGAAAGCGUUCCCACUCGCCCUCAGGCUCUGAGUCGGAAGAAGAGGAGCUGCCCCCGCCGCCUCUCCGACCCCCCAAGCGGAGAAGGCGGAACCCCUCGGAGUCAGGCUCUGAGCCCUCUUCCUCCCUUGAUUCGGUUGAAAGUGGGGGUGCUGCCCUUGGAGGACGGGGCUCCCCAUCUUCUCGCCUUCUCCUUGGAUCAGAUCAUGGCCUUCGGAAAGCCAAGAAACCAAAAAAGAAAACUAAGAAGAGAAGACACAAGUCGGUGGGCUCUGGGCUCUUACAGAACAGUCCUGAGAGCGAGACAGACCCUGAGGAGAAAGCUGGCAAGGAGAGUGAUGAGAAAGAGCCAGAACAGGACAAGGACAGGGAGCUCCGGCGGGCAGAACUCCUGAACCGCUCCCCAGGUUUUGGAAUCAAGAAGGAGAAGACGGGCUGGGACACGUCGGAAAGUGAGCUGAGCGAGGGUGAGCUGGAAAGGCGGCGGCGGACGCUCCUGCAGCAGCUGGACGACCACCAGUGACCCGACGAGCCGCUCUGCCUCGGGUCUGUGUGAGGCCGUGGAUCCUAGGUCACCCUCACUAUCUGCACUAGACUCCUUUCUCAGUCGGGUCCGUGUCCACUUUUCCUCAAGUAGCCCCGCCCCCAGCACCCCGCAGCUGGCACCUCCCCAGGUUGCUCGUGGUGUUCGAGGGUCCUCCACUUCCCAGGCAACUAGUGCAGUCCUUGCCCUCAGCCCCAAACCAGAGACCAGGAUGCCACGUGGAGCGGGAGGUGCCAGUAGAGAAAAUGUGAGAAGGGGCCUCUAGGGAGAAUGACAGGUUGGUGACAGGCGGGGUCCUUCCCCUCUAGCACCAGUGCCUGUUCCAGCCUGCCUGGGCCCUCGGGCUCCACCACUCCUUCCUUCAGCCCCGGGACCCAGUGUAUGUGUGUUUUGUUUUGUUUUGUUUUUGUUUUUUAAAUAAUAUUUAUAACAUGG